AUGCCCGUCUCCGCUUCCAAAGCCGCCCGCCUGGCUAAGAAGGCCGAGAAGGCCGCCGAAAAGGGUGACAAGCCUGAGAAAAAGACCGUUGCCUCCAGGUUGUCCUCCAAGGCGAAUUCCAAGAAUCCUUCAACAAACGGCUCGAAAGCCUCGUCAGUUGCCGGUGAUGACGAUCCCCCCAUGCUCGACGAAGAUGAGGAAGAUGCCCCCGCCACAAGCGCCGACAAGAUGGACAAGGUCAAGAAACUGACUGAACAAAUGGACAAGCACGGUCUCUCCGACCGGGUCACAACUGGUGUGCUGGCCUCCCAGGAAGCCAGCCGGGACGUCAAGAUCACUUCCGCCUCUCUAGUGUUCCACGGUAAAGUGCUUAUCACGGAUUCCACCAUCGAAGUCAAUUUUGGCCGCCGAUAUGGUCUGCUUGGAGAGAACGGCUGUGGCAAGUCCACCCUGCUAAAGGCCAUCGAUAAGCGAGAGUUUCCUUUUCCAGAACAUGUAGACAUCUACCUGCUGAAUGAAGGCGCCCCUCCCACUGACCUGGGGGCUCUCGAGUGGGUGAUCAAAGAGGCAGAGAAGGAAGUCAAACGACUCGACGACCUUGCCGAGGAGAUCCUGGAAAAGGAAGGCCCAGAGAGUUCCACACUGCUCGAAAUCUACGAGGCAAGUUCAUAG